AUGUGUGUGCAUGCAUAUACAUGUAACACAUUAUAUAUAUAUAUUAUAUGUUAUAAGAGUGGUAUGACUUGCUUUUUUUAUGAGUGGUUGCUUGCGAAUAACUCUUUGCUACUUUUUCUUUUUUUUUUCUCUUACUACCACUACCACUACUACCACUACUACUACUAUGACCACACAUUCAUUCCGUUCCAUUUUUUUUUUUAUUUUAUUUUUAUUUUUGCCGUACCGCAUUUCAAGCAUUACAUUUAUUGGGUAAUACAAGUAAACUUCAUGUCCCAAAAGUGUUUGGUAUGGCGUCCUCCUAUAUAUAUAUAUAUAUAUACGUAUGUAGUGUAUGCAUAUACAGAGCUUUUUUUUCUUCAUAUACGUAUGUGCGUUUAUGUGCCCGUAUUCCUGUUUUCCUUUUUUUUUUCUUUUUUUUUUUUUUUUUUUUUUGAUGAUUCCGCUUUGGUUUGUUUGUUUAUUGUCGUUUCUCCGUUCGUUCGUUCUUUCUUCCUCUUUUGA